GAAGAGGACCGACUGUUACAGCUGAAAUAUUUAAAAGUAAGCUAUUCCGUUUUGCGUUUAGCUGCUAGCAUGUUGUAAAAACAAAAGAUAAACAGACCAUGCUUUUUUUCCAGCAGAUAUAUCGUGGCCCUUUAAGGAGGGGUCGUAGAGGCGCGCCGGCUGCAAAGCGUCCUUCUGGUUGCCAAGGAAACGUGAGAAAGGACAGAACGCAGACAGGACGGGAAAGUGAGAGACAUAUCAGCUCCUGUUACAGAUUUUUUAACACGCUGACAGAAACUUUAAACUUACAAGAGAGCAGAAUAAGAGGUCGAAUGCAAUAAAUUCACAGCUGUUUGUUUUGUUCAACAGGUGAAUGUGUGGACCUGUAUCUUACAACUGGGAGACAGAUGGAGAAAAACACACAAGCACUGCCACCCCACUCUCCUCUACAUUUCCCCCGAAAUAAUUCAGAAGCUCUGCCUCUUUCCCCUUCUCUUCCACAGCCUGCGUCCCUCCAUUCCUCCCAUCUCCACUCUUCAUCCAGCCCGCGGGUCUCUGGAGGCUCACAUUGCCUCAGUCUCUCCACAGCACCCGAGCAGGAUGACCUGACCUGCCUCAACUGGCUGCAUCAAAGAGGGAAUCUAUUGCCCCUACAGCCUUUGCCUAAAAUCAGCACACUGCCCCAAAUGUUCGAUCCCAUUCCUGCCCAACAUCUGCCAUCAUCCCCGGCCAAACCGCCGUACUCUUUCAGCAGUCUCAUCUUCAUGGCAAUAGAAGACUCGCCUGAGAAGAGCCUCCCCGUGAAGGGCAUUUAUGAGUGGAUUGUGGAAAACUUCCCCUAUUAUAAAGAGGCUCCAGGUGGAUGGAGGAACUCUGUCCGACACAACCUAUCCCUGAGCAAGAGCUUCCAACGAAUACAUCGAGACAAGAGUCAAUCAGUUGGAAAAGGCUCAUUAUGGCGCGUUUGUCCAGAAUAUCGUCCCGCUCUUCUGGAAGUUCUCAGAAAAACACAUUAUUGUCAUCGCACAAACAGAAGCCUGUUGAACAAGCCUGUUUUAUUGGAGGCGACUGAUAAUGGGCAGAACAUGUUUAAUGAGACCAUGGAAUUGUCAGAUCUAGAUUCUCUGUCUUCGAACCCACCGUGCUCUUUUACACCUGAUCAUGAAGAGCUAAUCCCCAUGGAGUCUGUGGGGCUUCCUGAAGUCACUGGCGAGGAUACAGAGAAGGAUCCACUGGCUGACAGUGGGUACAUUGAGUUACACUACUAUCAGUAUCAGCAGUAUCAGUACCUGGUUCUCCCAGGAGACACUGAGUUGGACCUGGAGACGGUUGAGAUCCUGCAGCUCGAUGCAGAGGCUCAGGAGGCCGCAGGGUCACUGCUCGACCUCGCAGGGGGAAAUCAUUGAGAGGUGACCUGUGUGUGCAAGUACAAACAAGGAGGGUUAACAGCGAAGAAACUCUACCCCAGCAAACAAUUUUGUGUUUAAUAGAUGUCUAAUAGAGGUCUAAACGUAGACAGCUUGACUAAA